AUGAAUACGAAGCUCUUCGGUUUGAAUGCAGCGCUGUGCAAGAGAAAAGUUUUAUGUGGAGUAAAACACAAUGCCACUACGUCCACGAAGCAAAAACGUGCAGAUCUACAAGGUCUAAGAGGAGUAGCUAUCUUAUUUGUGCUUCUAAUGCAUUUGAAGCCAAAUUCAUAUCGCCUUGGAUUCGUGGGAGUGGACAUCUUCUUUGUCCUUUCCGGCUUUCUGAUGGCCAAAAUCCUCCUCGAGAAAAAACUUACAUUGUGGUCCGUUUGGUAUUUUUACAGCCGCAGAUUCAAGAGGAUUGUACCUCUGUACAUGUUAUUCGUCGUGUCCGUUUACAUUUUUGGCUACUUCUACGUAUUGCGUUUCGAUCGCAAACAAAUCCUUGACGAUCUGACUUGGGCAUACACUUACAGCUCUAAUCUACAGCCCAUUUUUCAGAAGCUUGGAUAUUGGGAUCAGCUCUCGACAUACCGAUUUUUUGUACAUGCCUGGUCUCUCGGAGUGGAAUUACAAUACUAUCUUAUUGUACCAUUUAUCAUGGGUCUAGCACUCUGCCUUGAACACAAUGCACGCAUUAUAUUGUUCCUUACAAUUGGAGUAUUUUCUGUCAUUUUCCAACUCUAUGCUCCACCCAAGGUAUCCUAUGGUUUCUUAGUAUCUCGGAUCUGGCAGUUUAUGUGCGGGUCGAUAGCGUACGAGUUCUCGAAACCAUUUUUUUCGAAAGACAAGAGUCAGCUACGCCAAGAAGAAAAGAAUUCGUUAGAAAAUGCUUACAAACAAGGCAAGAUUAAAUUGUCAUACGAGGGUAUGUUGGCAAACGUUCGUGAACUGUUCAUGAAUUCGGACAUUUCUUCAAGUUCGCAGUUGAUCCAUAGUAAAAAGAACCAGGAUUAUGCAUUUUACUAA